AUGACAUGGGGACGAUUAUUUUUAUGCUUUGGAAAUCCUCUCGACAGAACCAAGUGGGGGUUAUCUCUUUUGGGAAAUAAUGGAAUUAUGGCAUCGGAGCAUAGGCGCAUGAGAUACAACCCGAUUCUCUGGGUUGAGACGGACGGUAUGGGUCAUUUGGCAUGGGUUGAACUCGGGAAUAGGAUUGGCUGA